CUGUAUCGAAAGCCUCAACGAUUACAUGCAGCCGCUCUCGUUUGUAUCUAGGUGCAGCUAGAAGGAUCAAAUACCUUGGUUACCAAGUAAACACAAAGAGUUAAACAACUUCCGCUUGCAGAAGUAUCCUAGCGACGACAUCAGCACGAAGUCAACCCAUGUUGUUUGUCCUGAAUGGGCUCGCGUCUUCACCCAAUCAGAGUCAUCGCCCCUCCAGCGUGCUUCCGCGCCCCCAUGCCCCUGUUUGCCGAUACGAACCCCACGCAUUCGAGAUUGGUGCGACCUUCCUGCUUGAGCUUGCUGCUGAAUCAUCUUUUCUCGAAAGCCAAGUAAAACUUUUCUCUGGCACACGUCUGACAUUUAGAAAACACAGCCUUUGGAGCUGUUAUUUUAUUCCGAGAUUGCCCCUAAUAGUGGGAUAAUCUUCUAUAUUUCAUGAUGUCUUGUUGCAUGAAUAGAAACAUCAUAUGGAUAUUUUCAUGCACUCGUCCUUAUAGGGGCAUUUCCUACAUUCUGAGCUGGUAUCCAAGGUUUCCCUGCCGAGAACAUCAGACGAUGCUACGCCGCAUAUGUCUCUCAUUGUGUCGCACGAAGUCAUGCUCGCGAUAUUAUCUCUCGCGAACUACCCUUUUGGUAUUUCAAGGUCAUCUCUCACCAGAAUUCUUGCCCAGCGGUCAGCAUGUUCGGUGUCACGAAUAGGCCUCGAUGCAAGGCACAGGAGAAUUUUACUGCUUAUGGCAGAUAGCCUCAUGUCGUGUACACCAGAAGGAGAAGUUGCUUUUCUUCAAUCAAGGCAUAGAGCUGGAUCAGACCACUUGCUAUACCAUGGAAAGCACAAAAGUGGAGGCGAUUUUGAGGUGCUCAACAUUUCCUUUGUCAGGAUUGCAGUCCACAUCUCAGCUCUUGCGUCGAUGUAUAAGUAGGUAGACACAGGCUCGACUCACUCUCAAGAAACAAACUCUUGAGUUAGUCAAACCGAAUAUCACUUCAAGAUGAAGUUUCCCAAAGCCUUUCUCGUUUUGGGGAGUGCACUUCCUGCCUUCAUUGCAGCCGACCCAUCAAUUGUACUCCCAAGAGCUUUCAUCGUCCAGCUCGCACCAGCAAAUGACCUUGAAGCUCGAACACUUACUCCACGGGACCACAUCAAUAACUUCAAAAGAGAAACCACCUCAUUGGACUUCUCUGUCCGUCAUGAGUUCCAGCACCCCGAUGUCUUUCUCGGCCUCUCCAUCCAAGUCAACGGCAACGCAACCGAUGACGAAGUUGCCUCCCAGCUCCAGGACAUUGGAGGAGUCAUAUCUGUCUCCAGCGUCUACAAUGUCACACUCCCAGUCCAACCAGGCUUGAUCCCAGACACCGAGCCCUCCCUUCCAAACAAAAACCUUCGACUGAAGACAGCCGCGAAAGCAGCGGGAUCAGCAAACCUCGCCUCGACUCUCCAAAUGGGAGGAGUUGACAAAAUGCACCAGGCUGGCAUAAAGGGUAAAGGUAUCAAGAUCGGCAUCAUCGAUACGGGGAUUGAUUAUCGCCAUCCUGCGCUAGGUGCUGGUUUCGGUCCCGGCUUCAAAGUCGCAGGCGGGUACUCGUUUGUGUCUGAUUCUGGAGGUCUGGCAAAUGGUCCAGAUCCACUGGCGACUUGUUAUAAAGAUGGCCAUGGAACACAUGUUGCAGGAAUCAUCGGCAUGGAGCCAGUUCCUGGAAGCUUCGACAUCACGGGUGUCGCACCGGAAGCAUCAUUGUAUGCGUACCGAGUCUUCGACUGUGCAGGCUCAGCUGGAUCCGAUACCAUCCUCGCAGCUAUGUUGAAAGCAAACGAGGACGGUGUUGACAUGGUCAGCAUGUCUCUGUCAGUCGGUGCGGCUUCUUUCAGCGGUGCUAUCAAUCCACUCGCAGCUGUUACCAAGACUCUUACGGAUAACGGCGUUGCUGUCAUUGUUGCACAGUCGAACUCGGCGGGAUGGAGUCCAUAUUACUCGCCGCAACUGUACACUCAAUUGUGGCCGGGUACUGAACCUACUGCUAUCAGUGUGGGUUCGGUCGCCAACACUUUGUUUCCUCUUGUAUACUCCACAAAGGACUCGGCUGGACUGGAAUUCCAGUACGCUUCGAUGAAUCCUUUGUACUUUCCCGAUGGUACAGAUGUAUUUAUUGUGAACGAUGGAUGUUUCAGUGACAACUGGAUGUCAGCACUCGCUCAGGUCGAAAACAUCAACAACACAAUCUUCGCCUACGAAGUCUCUUCAUCAUGUCGACCAAUCGAGGUUGGGAACUGGAAUUCUGCUCCAGUACCACCGGCCUACAUCAUGGCUUUGAACACAGACACGACGAACCCGUAUGAAUCAGAGUACCAAUCGCCGUCACCGGGUAUCUUCGACACUACGAACUUCAUCAACAUGAAUUCAGCCGAUGCGAAAGCUUUGCUCGAGAACUUCGCUGCUAGUGGAGGGUACCAAAAGUACAAGCUCUUCUUCACCAGUCAGGACUUCACCAGUACCAAACAAGAGAGUGGAGGAAUGGUCGAUUAUUAUUCCAGCUUCGGUCCAACGUGGCAUGAGUACGAUCUCAAACCUCAGGUCUCAGCUCCAGGAGGGCAUAUUCUGUCCACUUGGCCACUAGGAUUCGGUGGAUAUGCGAUUCUUUCGGGAACAUCGAUGGCGGCACCAUACCUCGCUGGAUGUUACGCACUUGUCAAGUCUCAAUUCCCAGAUGAAUCAAUCCAGCAGAUCAGAAACAGACUUCAAUCAACCGCAAAGCCUAUGCCGUGGAUGUAUGAUCGUUCCAUGCUCUCUGCAACCCCUCAGCAAGGUGCGGGGUUGGUCAAUGUUUUCGAAGCCAUUUAUUCCAAGACGACUGUUUCUCCUGGCCAGCUCACACUGUUCACCUCAAAGACUGAAUACGACACUGCAAACAUCACGAUCGAAAACACCUCAGAUAACGAGAAGACGUAUACUCUGUCGCAUGAAGGCGCGGGGUAUAUGAAUUAUCGUUUGGAGUACCGGGAGAUAAACCAAAUUCCUCUGUUCGGAAACGCGAACUUCUCCUCGCCAACCGUCACAGUGCAACCUCAUCAAUCAACCACGGUAUCUGUUACAGUUUCUCCCCCAAAUGACGUGGUGCCAUCCAAAUUACCCGUCUUCGGCGGUUUCAUCAAGAUCACUUCUUCAUCUGAAGAGGAUUCGUACUCCGUCCCAUACGUCGGACCGCCUUACUCGCUUUUCAACACUCCGUACAUCUACACCGGAGGGAUAUCGACUCCAGCGAUAUACACGUACGAAGAAUCACAACUCGUGUAUGCCGAGAACUUGGUUGAGAUUGGUCUAUCCGACCGUUGGGGCGGGUCCAUCACAACUUUGCAAUGGUCACAGCAUGUACGGAUUGACUUGUUGCCGGCAAACACUUCCAUCGUCGCCGAUCAUUAUGGCUUUGAUGCCAAAUUUGAAUGGGAGUAUCAUCCUAGCGCUGCAAAACCUGGGGAGAAGGUGUUUGGGCAAGAAAGUUUCGGAACGCUGGUUGAUAAGCAAGGGUAUUUCUGGCCUGGUGGUGAAGGGACUACUGGAACUGGGACGGCCGUCCAGACAAGUGGGGGCAAGGUGGCUGUUGGUCAAGGUGACUAUAGAUGGUUUUUUGCGGUGUUGAGGUGGGGUGGGACGGUGGGGAAGAAGGAGGACUAUGAAACUUGGUUGGGGCCAGUGAUGAGGUUUACCAAUGGUACGGCAAGUGGCUGAGAAGAGUAAGGCAAGAUUGAGGAGUUGAAGUUCCGUAGUCGAAGGUCAGGCGUAGGAUCGCGACAGGUGUCGUGUUGGAAAUGCGGCUUGCCAUGGUUUUUGGGGGCCAGGCUUAACCUUGAUUUCAUCGUGGGUGGUUUGUUUUAUUUCUUGAGAAAAGUUUAUUCAUUCGUCGGGCCCCGAGAGAGGUUCAUCUGAAAAAGAUAUCAGUCUCGCAGAAAGGUCUGGCGUAGCCUCGAAUUUCUUGUCAAACGGCCACAUCGGUCUCCGAAUCCGGUGAUGUCCCAAUCUCUCGAUAUCCUGAUCCACACCCCCAGGAGUUAGACCCAACAUCCAAUCUGCUGCCAUAUCGUACAAUUCUGGCUCCAAAUACCCGAUCUUGACGAUCACGAUAUCUGCCGAUCGAGGCUUGAGAUUGAGUUCAGUGAAGUCACUCUCGUGAUGAUAUGGUUUCCGCAGCUUGGUGAGAAUCGCGAAGACGCUGCCGACUUGAAUGACCACUUCAACGACAGCAUCUUUGUCGCCAUGCUUGAUCGAAUGAACUCGUCCUUUCAUUGUCACUGGGCCUGCGUGGAGAUUGUCAAUCUCCGCUCCUGCAGUGACAGUAACUGUUGCUCCAAUACCAGCCUCCACUGCAACUCGAAUCGCUUCAGGUCCAGGAACACUCGCAUAAAUGACUUUUGGUCCCGUUUCAUUCUGUAAUUCAGGACGUGCAAGAAGUUUUGUGAGACCCCAAGACACAUCUCCAGAUCCGCCAGCUGUCGGAUUAUCUCCAGAAUCUGAUAUGAAGUAAGGAUGUUUUGCACCAGGACUUAAGGCAGCAUCAAGACACUUCUUGAACGAUCCGGUUGGAGCAACAAACUCGAAAUCUUUGUGUGCAGCCCAAAAUAUCUUCGCCAGUUUCUCAGCUCCUUUCGAGACGGCUUUCUCGUCCCAUCCGGUAGCCACGACAACAGCUCGAUUGCGUGGCUCAUCCGCCCAUGCAUAUCCCACCCAUAUCGCUGCAUCAAUGACACCGUCCAUUGCUUCCACACCAGGAACUGCUUCGUAGAUAUGCUUCGCUGGUUCUAGACGAGUCGAUGUCUGCUCGCCUGGAAGAAGGAUAGGAAUCGGCACCCACGCCUUGUACGGCCUCACAGGCCCGUCUUUCCGAUCCAACAAAUCCACCAAAUUCCGACAGGCCCGCUUCCUUGUCUCAACAACAUCAACAUGAGGAGCAGUCCGAUAACACGUGAUCAGAUCAGUCUGGUGUAAAAGCGCCCUGCUAACAUUCCCAUGAAGGUCCAUCGACGCGGAAACCAAGAUUUUCGGGCCAAUGACCUUCCUGAUCCUCCUUAACAGCUCAGCCUCGAUAUCAUCCAUACCCUCUACACACAUAGCACCGUGAAUAUCAAACCACAGCCCAUCCAAAGACAUGGCAUCCACAAUACGUGUAAGCCGCUCCACAAUCUCACCCGCAAGCUCCUCGAAUGCAGCUUUGGUUACCACACCACCCGGGAGAGCAUGCCCUAUCAGCGCGCCGUGCCAUUCUGCAGCAUCGCCAAGUGGCGUUCCUGGGCGGAUAAACGUGUGCUUGUCGAAGAUCUCGGAGCCGCGCUUGGGGUGGAAUGCUGGAGCGAGAGUCCGUGAGGGUGUGAAGGUUGAGGUCUCACAAGCAAGACCUGCGACUGCUAUGAUUGGUUUGCGUGUCAUUUUGUAUGGUCACGUAUUAUGUAGAGGAUAAGCCUGGUACUUGGAUAGAAGUUGGGAAUAUCCCACUCUUGUUACUGGAUGAAGUGGAUGGUUGAAUGAAGCUUUUGGCUUGCGGGAGGCGGGGAAGUGGCUUUCGCUUACGGAAGGUAUGUUUGCCCCUAUCACAACCCCACUCUUGUUAUUUAGCCGAUGAAGUAUAUGUAUAUAUAGAAAGUCCGCGGCGCUGAAUUUAUUCUGAG